UUUUUCAGCUUCAAAUCCUAACUCAAAACCACUUACUUAAGCACACAGACACUUCUCGCAUUAAGCAUGUCCCAAUGUCAGACACCCAUAGUACAUCUCUCACGUGUCCACACACACACUCUCUCUCAUCUAGUAGGAGUAUAUAAUUAAAGACCCUUGCUCAUUCCCUUAAUACAUACAUACACUCACUCUUCUUUUUACAACACAUCAUCAUAUAUCUCAUAGUAGUAUAAUGAUGUACUUGAGAAGUGGAUUCUCUGAAUAUUCAAACGAAAUCAGCAACAAUACUAGCAGUGAGUUAUGCUGCACAACAGCACCAAAUUCAACCAUUACUGCUUCACAAGAUGUCAUCACAUUCACACAACCACUCAACCGUCUCUCAGACAAUCUAGCUUCAAUACUAGAUGAUACAGGGUUUGACUUCUUUUCCGACGCAAAGAUCAUCGCCAAAGAUGGUCGAGAAGUUUCCGUGCACCGGUGCAUUUUAUCGGCGAGGAGUAGUUUCUUUAAGGAUGUGUUUAAGGGAAAGAAAGAAACGACGCUGCAACUGAAGGAAGUUGCUAAGGAUUAUGAUGUUGGGUUUGACGCGCUUAACGUUGUUCUGCGUUAUUUGUAUAGUGAGAGAGUUGAGGAUCAUCAUUUGUCUGCUAAAGAUGUUUGUGUUUGUGUGGAUGAUGAUUGUUUACACUUUGGUUGUUGGCCAGUUGUUGAUUUCAUGCUUCAACUUCUCUAUGCUUCCUUCACCUUUCAAAUUUCUGAAUUGCUUGCUCUUUACCAAGAUCAUCUACUAGACAUUCUUGACAAAAUGGCGAUAGAUGACAUGUUGGUGGUUCUUUCUAUAGCAAACAUUUGUGGUAAAACAUGUGAUAAACUACUAAAAAGAUGUACAGAUAUAAUAGUUGAAUCCAAUGUUGAUAUAACCACUCUUGAAAAAUCACUGCCUCAAUCUAUAGUGAAACUAGUAACAUACAAACGCAAACAACUAGGUUUAGACAUGUAUGAAACCGUAAAUCUUCUAGACAAACAUGUCACCAGAAUACAUAGAGCUUUAGAUUCAGAUGAUGUAGAAUUAGUAAGGUUGCUUUUGAAAGAAGGACACACUACUCUAGAUGAGGCUCAUGCACUUCACUAUGCUGUUGCAUAUUGUGAUGUCAAAACCACUACCGAGCUUCUUGAUCUUGGACUUGCUGAUGUAAAUCAUAAAAACCUUAGGGGAUACAGCGUGCUACAUGUUGCUGCUAAGAGAAAAGAACCGAAAAUUAUUGUAUCUUUGUUAACGAAGGGAGCUCAACCUUCUGAACUCACUAUGGAUGGCAGAAAAGCUCUUCAGAUUUCAAAACGUUGUACGAAAGCUGUGGAUUAUUAUAAAUCUACUGAGGAAGGAAAAGUUUCUUCGAAUGAUCGAUUGUGCAUAGAGAUAUUGGAGCAAGCUGAGAGAAGGGAGCCUUUACAUGGGGAGGCAUCUCUUUCUCUUGCUAAGGCAGGGGAUGAUUUGCGUAUGAAAUUGUUGUACCUGGAAAACCGAGUUGGAUUGGCAAAACUUUUGUUUCCCAUGGAAGCAAAGGUUGUGAUGGAUAUCACUCCAAUUGAUGGCACAUCUGAAUUUACUCCAAAUUUGGGUGGUUACCAGAGGACAACUAUGGACUUGAAUGAGGCACCUUUUAAAAUAAAAGAGGAGCAUCUAAUUCGGAUGAAGGCAUUGUCUAGAGCAGUGGAGUUAGGGAAACGGUUCUUCCCUCGUUGCUCGGAAGUGUUGAACAAGAUCAUGGAUGCCGAUGACCUAUCGCAGCUUGCAUGCAUGGGUCAUGACAGUCCUGAAGAUCGACAAGUGAAGCGCAGACGAUACGCGGAGCUACAAGAAGUUCUUAAUAAGGUCUUCCAUGAGGACAAAGAGGAGUUUGAUAAAUCUGGCAUGUCUUCAUCAUCCUCAUCCACGUCAAUAGGAAUGCCAAGGGCUAAUAAUAGUAUGAUAGCCAUGAAUCAUUGAUGAAGAUAAUAAUAAUGUACUCUGAGGUGUAUACUUUCUUUUAUAGUGAUUUCAUUGGUCUUAAAAGGAAUAAAGGUGUGAAAGUUUUUACAUCAUGGAAUCAUUGUUCUGUCAAAAAAAAGAAUCAUCGCUGUUAACUAUAUUUAUUGAAGUGUGUCUUCACAGCCA